AUGAGAAGAGGAGGGUUUCGUGUGUUGGAUAUGGUGAAACCGUUUUUGCCGUAUCUGCCAGAGGUGCAGAGUGCUUUUGAGAAGAAGAAGAAGGUUCCAUUGAGAGAGAAGGUCAUCUAUACCCUGACCACUCUCUUCGUGUUUCUCGUUUGUAGUCAACUUCCUCUCUACGGUAUCCACUCCACCACCGGCGCGGAUCCGCUCUACUGGAUGCGUGCCAUUCUAGCAUCGAGCCGUGGCACCCUCAUGGAGCUCGGUAUCGGUCCCAUCAUCACAUCAGGGCUCGUGAUGCAGCUCUUGACUGGCUCAAAGAUUAUUAAGGUCACCGAGGAGGAGGAUCAUGCUCUCUUGAACGCUGCUCAGAAGCUUCUCGGCGUUUUGAUCGCCUUAGGUCAAGCCGUGACAUACGUCCUCUCUGGAAUGUACGGUCCAGUCGCACAGCUCGGGGUGGGAAACGCACUUCUCAUCGUUCUCCAGCUUGUCUUUGCCGGAGUCAUCCUCCAGUGUCUGGACGAGCUUCUCCAGAAGGGGUAUGGUCUUGGCUCAGCGAUCUCCCUUUUCAUAGCGACUAGCCUCUGCGAGAGCGUUAUAUGGAAAGCCUUUAGCCCCGUUACGUUCAACAACAUCGGACGGUCGGGACAGGAGUUUGAAGGCGCCUUGAUCUCGCUCUUCCAUAACCUGAUAACCAAGUCAAGCAUCCGACAAGCUUUCUUCAGACAGAGCCUUCCAAACGUUACGAACUUGCUUGCAACAGUCUUGGUCUUCCUCAUCGUCGUCUACUUCCAAGGCUUCCGCGUUGUGUUACCUGUUUGGUCAAAGAACUCCCGACAAGGCGGCGGCUACCCGAUCAAGCUCUUGUACACCUCCAACAUGCCCAUCAUUCUCCAAUCCGCUCUAGUCUCAAAUCUCUACUUCAUCUCUCAGCUUCUCUACAACAACUUCAGCGGAAAUUUCCUGGUGAACUUGCUGGGACAGUGGAGAGGACCCACACCAGUCGGUGGUCUCGCUUACUUGAUCACAGCUCCAUCAAGCCUCGCUGCUCAUCCUAGCCACACACUCUUCUACAUCGUCUUCAUGCUCUCUACUUGUGCGUUUCUAUCAAAGACAUGGAUUGAAGUCUCUGGGUCCUCCGCCAGAGACGUGGCCAAGCAGAUCAAGAAUCAAGGGAUGUGGAUGGCUGGGCACAGAUAUUCCAAUCUGCACAAGGAGCUUAACCGCUACAUCCCAACAACAGCUGCCUUUGGAGGAAUGUGCAUUGGUGCACUCACUGUUCUUGCUGACCUCACCGGAGCUAUUGGCUCAGGGACUGGUAUCUUGCUUGCCGUCACAACCAUAUAUCAGUUUCUCGACACUUUUGACAAGGAACUAGCCACCGAGUCAUGA